UUCGCGACGAGAGCGCAAACACUUGCCCUGAUUACCGAUCUCCCUCUUGAGUGUUAUGUCCGCAAUCUACCUAAAUCCCGUGACGUCUGUGUCGAAACCACCGCUCUUGAUUGUCUUGUGCCGGGAAGAUCAGUCUGGAUGGUGCAAACAAUUAGCAGAGGAGGGAUACGACGUCGCGCACGUUUUCAGCGAUAGCCCCCGCUCAGAGCUGUCAGAUAUCUCGCAGCAAAUCUUCAAGGCUGUGGGCAACAAAGUCUCAGGCUGGGCAAUCAUCACCUAUGGGCUAAAACAUUCUGUUCCCUCGCUGUUGAACCACGCGGGUCCUGCAGAGAUUCUGAAGCAGCUACGUGCCGUGAUCCAUUUCUGCCCAGUAGUUACAGCAGGUAUCGACCUUCUCAUUCGAAACACAGACAACUCCCUCGUACCUACACUGGUCCACCUGGCUUUGAACCAAGAAGAUCUCCACGCAUCGGUCGUCGAAUUCUCCAUGGACCCAGGAUACGAGAUCGACGUCUCCGCGCACAAUCCGGUAACUGUCUACGCCUACCCGAAAGUGUCCGCAAUCCCUCCCUUUCCUUUUACAACCUUGCCCCCUCUGCUGCAAUCACAAACGGCCGCAGCUACUGUCGAUCCAUACAUUCGAUCCGCCGUUAGCCUCUCUUACACUCGCUCUCUUGCGUUGAUCCGACGUCAGCUGGGGCCCCAUUUCGAGCUCGAGAAGCUUUGGGAGAAGCAUACAUACUAUGAAUUCGUCGAACGAGAUGCCUUGAAGACGAUGUCCACAAUGGUUACUACGCCUUACGUGAAUCAUAUUCCCACCAUGACCGGAGGCCUCGGUUACGAUGAGCUCGCCCGCUUCUAUAAGUACCAUUUCACCAGAGAAAAUGUGACUCCUCCUGACACGGAGCUCAUCACUAUCUCUCGGACAGUCGGAGCGGACCGCAUCAUCGAUGAAAUGAUAUUCAAGUGCACACACACUACGGAAAUCGAUUACUUCCUGCCUGGAAUCAAGCCUACCGGAAAGCGUCUAGAACUCGCAAUCGUCGGGGUCGUUGCUUUUCGCGGGGAUAAGCUGACAUUUGAGCACAUUUACUGGGAUCAGGCGUCUGUUCUCGUUCAGCUUGGCCUCCUCAGUCCAAACAAUCUGCCCGUCGCCGGAAUUGAAGUGGCACGGAAGGUGGUGAAUCCGUUUGGCCAUCCAAGCAACACUUUGAUGUCAAAGUGGAAAGAGAGCGAGGGCCUUCCCAUCUCUGAAGACAGCUAAGCAUGCUAGCCUGGCACGUGCUAGAACGACUGCAGUUGCCUGUUCGGUCGAUGUGUUUGCCUUUUGUUGUUGUAAAUUACAUUAGGCGUCUAACAACACAGCAUGUUGCCGGGGUGCCGCGCCUCGCGGAAGCAAACAACUCUUGUCUCUUGUAUACCCUCCACUCUUGCUGUUCUGAAUGUCUGUGCAACGUGAAGCUCAGGACGAACCAUUCAACCAUGAAGCUAUAAACCGCGGCCAUCAGCAGAGCGAAUCCUCUUCCAACCUACUCCAGAGCGAAAGCAGCACCCGCGGAGAAGACUACGACCACUCAUAUGGAGAUGGCUUUUACGAUCAUUCUGGUCCCUCAAAAUCCACUCUUUACGACGAUCCUGAACAGUCAUUUCCCUUUGAGAAGGAAGGAGGCAUUGGAAGUACCAGGAGCUACGAAAAGUUUGAAUUCGUGGACGGCGAUAUUUAUAAUGAAGCUCGUGCACGUCCGCUUCCUGAGAAGGCUGCGCCGCUCUCUCGCUUCUUCAGAAAUGUUGGAAAGGCCCCUGUCAGUCAACGGAUUGACGAGAAGAAGCGGGGCAUUGGCAGACAGCGUUAUCCCUUUGUUGCGUGGACUUUGGCGGUUGUGAUGCUUGGUGUGUUCAUAUACGAGCUUGUCCUCAAUGCGAAGAACCAAGGGACACCAAUCUCAUUUCACCCUGUUGUCAAUCCUAUGCUCGGUCCUUCACAAAGCGCACUCAUCAACGUAGGCGCGCGUUACCCUCCUUGCAUGAAAGAGGUGGCUGGACUGCCUCUUUCCACGCGUUUUGCCUGCUUAAAUGACACGGCGAAUCCUCCCGACCAGCUAUGCUCGCUUGAAGACGUUUGUGGGUUUGGUGGCUUUCAUGGACAAGAGCCAGAUCAGUGGUUUAGGCAAGGAUUUUGUGCCAAUGCUUCGUUCAUCACUCCCAUCUUUAUCCAUGCCGGUAUCAUCCACAUCCUCUUGAAUAUGCUUGCGCAGUUGACAGCAUCUGCAGAGGUCGAGAAGGAGAUGGGCUCGGCUGGCUUCCUUAUACUCUAUUUUGCCGCCGGCAUAUUUGGUAAUGUCCUAGGCGGCAACUUCGCGCUGGUAGCAGCACCAUCGGUUGGUGCCAGCGGGGCGAUUUUUGGCACUGUCGCAGUUGCGUGGGUCGACCUCAUCGCCCACUGGAAAUAUCAAUAUCGCCCUGUUCGCAAACUAAUGUUCAUGAUUGUUGAGCUCGUCAUCGGUAUUGCUAUCGGAUAUAUCCCAUAUGUUGACAAUUUUGCGCACAUCGGGGGCCUUCUAAUGGGCCUGCUUGUUGGAAUCGUGCUCUAUCCUAUAAUUAGCACAACUACACGGCAUAAGGUUAUUGUCUGGGCAUUCAGGAUUGCUGCAAUCCCUAUUGCCGUUGUCCUCUUCGUUGUUCUCAUUCGCAAUUUUUACACUAGCGAUCCCUAUGCAGCGUGCUCUUGGUGUCGGUAUCUGUCGUGUUUCCCGACUUCUUCCAAUAACCAUUGUCAAGGCACAGGAUUCACGACAAACACUUCGGGUACCAGCAUCUAAUUCAUCCAUGCAUCUUCUGACGGUAUCAGCCGUGCAUACGCCACCAAGGACAUUCGUCGUGGACAAUUUUUUGCAUGAUUGCAGUAAUGGACGCUCAGACGAUGUCACAUAUUACCUUACAGCAGUAGUCACGGUAUCCAUUCGUUGUGUGAUAUUACUCCCUUAUGCGUUAGAAUGGACAGAAUCAACACUGCCACUAUUCAUAUUGGACUUCUAUACCUCGAUGACUUUCUGUAGACGAGAGUCCCGCGAACUCGAGCAGUCUUGAAGCCUGAAUAGUGUAAGUAUCAGUAGCACAAUAGAUUUUUCGAGCUUCAGGGGGCUUCACAU